AUAUCACAUCAAAUUUAUCAAAAUUCUCUGUUUACAAAUUUCAAUUCCUUUUUGCUGCUUUCUGUUUGUUUUAGGCGAUCGAUCACCACAGCAUCAUCACAGCAUCUAUUCGACAAUACCAACUACCAUUGGCAACUUUUUUUUUGCAUUAAAAACAGUAACCAAUAACAACGUGUGGCAAGCAAUGCUUGGCCGCUGCCUACGUAGCUAAUAGUUUUGAUUUUAAUCCAAAAGAAAAGCAAGUGUACAUGUGUAAUUUGAAUACCAUGUGGUGUAAUAAUUUUAAUCACACUUGGGGCUGUUGCCGUCCACGCGCAUGUUUACCAUGUGCCCCCAAUUUCAGGCCAUGCCAGCAACAUCAACAGCAACAGCAAAAUGAGAAUAAUCUAUCAAGUGUGGGUAGCUUGGAUGCAACAAAGCAAAGGCUUUCAAGCAAACUAAAUCAGCUUAAGCGUAGCUCUAGAAUGCGGAUAUCAAAGAAUCCAUCGCGCUCAAGCUCUCGAUCCAAUCGCUCCAAUACCCUUGAUCCCUUGUUGAAAAAAUCAAAAGUUUUGAAGACUACGGAAUACACUCCAAUACACUAUUCACAAAAAAAAACUGCAUCAAACAAUUCUAUCGGAUCAGUUGAUCAGUCAGUGCUAAGGCAAAGCGAAAACAAAUCGCAAACUUCAUCAAAAGCCUCAUCUAAGCGAAGCCUGAAUACUUCUAAUCCAGAAUCCAAGAAUUUAGCAAAUUCCAAGCCGGCAAGCAGACAAGCAAGCAGAAUACAAGAAACAAGAACUCCAAAUCAAACAUCGCAAUUUGCGCUUUUGAAUUCUGUUGGUUCCAAAUCUACUUCACAUAGCUUUAACCAUGAUAAAAAGAAUGACAAAACUGUAUGCAACUGCGAGAAAUGGAAGACAGACUUUUUGAAAAACUUUAUUACGAAUAUCAAAAAUGAAACUUCUACAACGACACUUUACCGUGCCCAGCCAGCUGCGAAGAAAUCCAAGGAACCCAAAACUAUGAAAUCCGAGGAGAUCAAAAAAAAAUUACCUGCUAUUCGAAAAAAUAUUAUUAAAAGCAACAGCGUUAAGCAGGAGCAAGCAGUAGUCAAAGCAAAGCCAAAGAACAAAGUAAAGAAAUCACAAGUGCGCAAAGCUCCUGCGCCUGCGCCUGCAGCCUCGCCAAACAGGGAUCUAUGGUUUCAAUGCAAUGUGCCCCUACGCGUCAGCAUACCCACCGCUAUAUGUAUGGGAAAUUCUUUUGAUCUAACGCCCAAUGCCGCAAGUCCUAAGCCUGGCUUAAAAGCUUUACCCGCCCCUGCCAGCAGCAACAAUCAAAAGACACGGCAGCAACAACAUGCAGCACCUGCAACUGAUCGUCAGCUUUGCAUCUCUCUCAUGCCACUGGGCUAUGGACCAGGUAUGAGCUUGCCAGCGUCUGCUCCUCCACCGCCACCAGAGCAGCCAACAAAAUGUUUGCAACGCAAAUUGCCCGAACGUAAAUGCUGCUGUUGCCACUGCGUUUGUUGUCCGCCUUUACCCAAACCACUGUUGAAAAAAUUCAAGCCGAGGCGUAAGCCCGCUACGAGCAGCUCAUGCUUUUCAAAAUAUCCUUGGGGCUGCCUUAAGUAUUGCAAUUGUUCCUGUGCGACCAAGUUGUCUGAAAGUGAUUCAGAGAUAUCCAUAUGUAAAUCGCUGAUACGGAAGGAGUUUGAAAAACUAAUGGCUGAACGGACUGAAAAGGCAACAUCAACUGUUAUUGGAAGCAAAGUUAGUGUAAGCCCAGAAAGCGUUUCAUAUCCAAACAGCUUGCGUAGUUGCAAGCCAGACAAAGCGGCAAGAAAAGACGAAAAACCAGUACACAGAUCAAGUUAUAGCCAAUAUGCAAUAUUCAAAGAGGGUAGCCCUGAUGAAGUGUCAACCAGGGGUAGCUGUUCGCAAUGUCAGACACCCUCGCUCAUUAAAAUUCCAUUGAAUCUAAACAUGGUAAUGCCAAGUAGGAGCUCAACAAAAAGGGAAGAAGCAGCACGGCCAAUACAAAUUAGCGAUUACGACUCAAUCGAUUCAAAGUCUGCACAGCAGGAAGCAGCUAUUAAGAGCACCACUUAUCCAGCCAAAUCAUUCAAUAAGAACUGUUCGUAUGAAAAAAGCUCUAGGAUACCGUUACCAGAAACUUGUUAUCAAGUUACUAUUGAUUCCAACUUAACUGUUGAGAAAAUAUCUGCAAGUAAUUCUUGUAGUAAAAGCAGCUCAGACAAUGCCAAAUCUAUUUCGAAAUUCAAGCAAGAGACCAGUGCAAUCCCAAGUAAUGCUGCCAGUAAGUCUACUUCAUGCUGCAAUACUAUGACAGAGUCACAAAGCAAGUCUAUACCCAUAGCAUGUCUAUCGCGUGCUCCUAGUGGGACCAUCUCAGGAAAAGGCUCCCGUUUAAUUGAGGCUUCUAGCAAGAACUACUCACUUGCAUCAGAGUUAACGCAGAAGGAGGCUCCUUGCAAGGACUGCUUACUUGCAUGUGAGUUUACGCCUAAGGAGAAGGCCAUAGCGCGCAUAUCUCGUGCCCCUAGCAAGAGCAGCUCAUUCCAUUCAAAGUCCCUUGAGGAAUAUGUACCACCUCACGCUUAUAAAAGCAAUCACAGAGCAAUAACACCUCAAGUAUCGCGAAACGCACUAGUAAGAAGCAAAGAAGAUAAACGACAAAAACAGCAAGAAACGCCGUCAGUCUCAAUAAUCGUAGAAGGAACUAGCUCAGGACAUUUAGAUGGAAACCAAGCUUCGAAGCAAAAACAGUAUGUUGAGAGAAAUGCGAACAACAGCGAACACAACAUGCAACCCGCUCCUGCUAUUUGCCCUUGGCCUCAAUUGCGCAAAGAUUUUGAAGGUAGCCAAGAAUUUCCAAGAACGCAGUGUGUACAUAGGGUAACAAAGCAAAGGGAUGCUCAAAUUAAUAGAGGCGUGUCCAAAAAAUUUUUGCACCCAAAUAAUCGCAGCCCUAAGCCAAGUUUAGUACGCAACAAGGGAAAUGUGCGACCACAGGCACUAAGACUGUGCCUGAUCAAGCAAGAUACGCCCGAAAGUCCUGCUGUGCUGGAGGAGUUCAAUGUGACUGCCUUUACCAGAAAUUGCGGAAAGCAAAUGUUCCAGAAAGGCGGUGCAGAUGUAGCUAGCUUUAGCUCUAUUAACGAUGAGAAUGUCGAUGAAGUCUUAAAAGACUUGGAAGACUGCUGCAACAAGCGCGUAGAUCGCUAUGAUAAUGGGCCACAAAGGCCAGUUGUAUUGGUACCGUAUCGUCCAAAUAAGAAAGGCAAUGGCAAAGUGGGCAUUUGUGAGCCAGAUGAAUGGUGCGAACUAACCAGGGAGCAACCGACAACACAUGGCAUUACUUAUUCCUCCGCACGAUCGCACGAUGAUAGAUCACGUAGAGGAAGUCAAGAAAAAAGUGCCAAAGCCCCAUAUCAAGUGCAUGAAAGGCACAGCACCUCGUCCAUUGUCUCGCAACGUUCGAUAAAAACGCCAAACGGUCGCUCUUCAAAAUAUCAAAACGCUCGUUCCUCGUCUAUAGACUCUAUGUAUAAAAGUGCUGUAAGCUAUCGUACCGUUGACGUAUUUCCUGACAACAGAGUUCCCCUGCACGGCAGACCCGCUGAUUGCAGAUCAUCGUAUUUAAACCUUCAAAAGAACACACAAAAUAGUAAAAAUGAUGCCAUAGUGCUCUUAAAGCCGCGUCGCAUACUCAGCGAUACCAGCACCAACUUCAGCGUUGUAUCCAAAGGUCGACGGGACCAAGGGUCAAUCCCCAAGACAACUUUCACUCAUAGUACAGCUAAGGAAUUCAAAUAUCCCCGAGGCAGCGUGUCCAAAUCACCGAACCUGGAGACACAACCAACGGCGGACAACAACUCACCAUCACAAAGCUGGCACAGUUACACGUAUGGUCAUAGUAUUGUCCAUACAAUCUCACAAGUUCCGGAAGCGGAUGAGUGCUGCUGCAAACAUUCAGCGGCAACAGCAUCACAGCAGCAACUAUCUUACGGACUGAAUCAAACUAAAGCUGAACGCCUCAAGCUUCAAAUUCAAGCUCAGCAAGAAGAACAGCAUCGGCACAUCCUAGCAGCAAGAGCUUAUAAGCAUAAGAACCAGUUGCCAGCAGUAACAGACUAUAAUCAAUCAACAAUAUCACAAUUGUCGCCAGCUACACGUAACGAGCAGCCAAUGGCUAACUGCAAACGACGACAAAAAUUUCAAAUAAAUGAGAAACAACAACAGCAACAGCCAAUUAUAUCGGUAUUUGAGCAGGAAGACGCUUGGAAAUGUGAACAACAAUGGCAAUCAAACGAGGAGCACCAACAGCAACAAAAGAUGAUGGAUGCUUACAUAUGCGGAGAACAGUGGCCAACAAAAUGGGAGCAACAACAACAACAGCCGAUAAUGGCAAUGCAUGGGCAGGAGGAUGCUUGCAAGUGUGGACAGCAUCUGAAAACAAAAUUGGAGCAACCACCACCGCAGCAGAUAAUGGACGCAUGCGGACAAGAAUGGCCAACAAGAUCGGAACAGCAGCAGCACGAACGGAUAAUGUCGCACGCUUGCAAAUGUGAGCAAAAAUCAACAACAAGACCGGAAAUGUAUCAGCCGAUGAAAACGCUCGUUUGCAAAUGUCCGCACACAUCACCAGCAGGAUGGGAACAACAGCAACGCAUAGUACCAAUGGCGAGGCAGGGAGAAAAUCGAAGUAAAUCAAAAACCAGAGAGGGACAAAAACAGCAACAACAGCCACAUAUAUUGCCAAUGUCUAGGCAGGAAAAAAUUUGCAACUGUCGAGGUAACUCAAAAACGAGAGAGGGGCAAAGACAACAACAACAGCCAAUGUCGAGGCAGGAGGAAGGACAAAGGCAUCAACAACAAGUUCAGUUGCAACAUAUACAGCAGUUGCAAAAACUACAACAGAAGAUUAAACGUCAAAAACAAGAAGAAAACCUACAUACACAACAAGAGAAACAGCGGCAGCAAGAGCAACAAUUACAACAACAAUUUCAGCAGCAAGAACAACAACAACAGCAACUGGUGCAUCAAGAGCAACAAUUGCAACAACAGUUGCUUCUAGAGCAACAAUUUCAAGAACAGAAUAUACAACUAGAACAGAAAGAUCAACAAAAAAUACCACAACAACAACAGAGGGAGCAUCAAGAGCAACAAGUAUCGAAACAAAAACAUAUUCAAUACGACGAGGUACCUUUAACAAGCUCCAUGCCCAAUAUUAACGGUCAUGAGCAACAACAACAACAACAGCAACAGAAGAAAGUUCUCUUUCCAUACAUACUUCAAAGUGCACCCUGUAAGCGACCUUGCUGUCCAAAAGGAUCAGCGAAAUAUGAAAGUAACCUAGAGUCCAGUAUUCCUGCAGAUUUCUAUAAGCAAACUCUAAUCAAAUAUGGCAUUGAGCCGUUGCCCAGCGAGCGUGUGCUCACGUUCCUGCAGCAGCAACAAAAAUUAAAACAAGCUAAAGCUGUUAAGCCCUGCAGUUGUGAGCCCCAUCAGCCACAGCAAGUACCUCAGCAACAGUCAGAGCAGCAGCAGCAGCAAUCCUUGUCACCCAUGGCGGCAACUGCUACUGCCAAUAGCAGUAUCUAUUAUCCAUCAAUUCCCACUGCAAUUGGCAACGAGUCACCUCGAUACCAAGGCUUGCCUAAUCCGCAAUGGCAGCAACAAGAACAAGUACAACAACCACAGCAGCAAAAAUUAAAACAACCUAAGUUCUACAGUCCUGAACCCCAGCAGUCAGAGCAACAGCAGCAACAAUCAUUGCCAACUAUGGCGGCAACCACUGCUUACAUUCCUGUCCAUAACGGUAACUAUUAUCCAGCAACAAUGCCCGCUACAGUUGGCAAUCCAGGUCUAUCUUGUAGUUGCGAGUCACCUCAGUGCCAAGGCUUGUCUAAUUCGUCAUGGCAACAACAACAUCAACAACAGCAACAACAUCAACAACAUCAACAACAAGGCAUGCCUGCAAUGGCGCCAACUACAGCUUUAAAUUCUGAUCAUACCAGCUCCUGCUGGCCAGAGCAGCAAACACAAUCGAUAUCGGAGUAUUUUCAAUGCUAUGAAUAUCACGAAUUCUGAAUAUAAAUAAAUACAAUUAAUUUUAAUCUA